UCCCAGGGGACCGUGGCUCGGGAUGCUGCCCGCCGGCGCGGCUGCUCGCGUGCUGCCAGCCACUCCUGUCCUUGCCUCUGGGGCCAUGCCCCGCUGUUUACAUGCCGCUGAAGCCUCCCGCCACUCUGAGCCCCUCCGAGCCCCGGCUCCCCGAGGGUGAAGCCAGACGGCCCGCGAACUGGACUGGUCACUCAGACCUGGGCCCUCCGAUCUCAGAUCCUCGCUUGCUCUGCCGCCUCCGCCACCAUCUGGGCGGGAUCCGGCUCUGGUGUUUUGAGGAGGGGGUGUGGUGUAGGGAAAGGAAUCCUGGGGAUUUCUGGCUCCCCUUUUUUGGGCCUUCGGGGCUUCAGACUCAGGGAACUCGCUCAUGGCUUUCUUGAUGAAGAAGAAGAAAUUCAAAUUUCAAACCACUUUCACCCUGGAGGAGCUGACGGCGGUUCCCUUCGUGAACGGGGUUCUCUUCUGCAAGGUCCGACUGCUGGAUGGCGGGGAUUUUGUCAGUUUGUCGUCAAGGGAGGAGGUGCAGGAGAACUGUGUGCGGUGGCGGAAGAGGUUCACCUUCGUGUGUAAGAUGAGUGCCAACCCGGCCACCGGCCUGCUGGACCCCUGCAUCUUCCGGGUGUCGGUGCGCAAGGAGCUGAAAGGCGGAAAGGCUUAUUCCAAGCUGGGCUUUGCCAACUUGAACCUGGCCGAGUUUGCAGGCUCAGGGUCCACGGUGCGCUGCUGUCUGCUAGAGGGAUACGACACAAAGAACACCCGCCAAGACAACUCCAUCCUGAAGGUCACCAUUGGGAUGUUCCUGCUCUCUGGGGACCCCUGCUUCAAGACGCCGCCAUCCACUGCCAAGUCCAUCUCGAUCCCAGGCCAGGAUUCCUCCCUGCAGCUGACGUGUAAGGGUGGUGGGACCAGCAGCAGUGGCAGCAGCAGCACCAGCUCCCUGACAGGGUCCCGGCCCCCUAAGGCCCGGCCCACCAUCCUCGGCUCAGGGGUGCCAGAGGAGACGGACCAGAACCUGUCCAGCCCCGAGGAGGUCUUCCACUCGGGCCACUCCCGCAACUCCAGCUAUGCCAGCCAGCAGUCCAAGAUCUCCGGCUACAGCACGGAGCACUCACGCUCCUCCAGCCUCUCGGACUUGACCCACCGUCGCAACACAUCCACCAGCAGCAGUGCCUCUGGUGGCCUCAGCAUGACUGUGGAGGGCCCCGAGAGCGGCGAGCGUGAGCACCGGCCCCCCGAAAAGCCACCGCGGCCACCCCGGCCCCCACAUCUGUCCGACCGCUCAUUUCGGCGGAAGAAGGAUUCGAUGGAGAGCCACCCAACUUGGGUGGAUGACACGCGGAUCGACGCCGAUGACAUUGUGGAGAAGAUCAUGCAGAGCCAGGAUUUUACCGAUGGCAGCAACACUGAGGACAGCAACCUCCGGCUGUUCGUGAGCCGCGACGGCUCCACCACGCUGAGUGGCAUCCAACUGGCCAACAGGGUCUCCUCUGGGGUCUACGAGCCAGUCGUCAUUGAAAGCCACUGAGGAGCGAGUGUCCAGGCUGGAGAAGAGCCCUGCCUUCAUGGGUGUCCAGACCUGCGUCGUUCCACAAGGGGACUUCCCCUUCGGAUCACCAUCCAUACCACAUCUCAUCUGUGCCUCCUCCGUGCGCUCCAGCCCCACUCCUGCCUCAAAGCAUCAUUCCAUUGUCCUCCCAUCCAUGCCAGGAACCUCCUGGCCCGAUAGGGCCUGGGCACCACUGUGAAUAUUCUCCCCUGAACCACUAGAGGGCAGGACAUGCGGGCCCAUGAAGUAGGUGGGCAAGACAAAGAUGGCCAGGAUGCCCGUCCGGAGACCCACCUGGCCCCUCGAUGAAGACAUGCAGCAGCUCCUACACACAUGGGG